AUGACUUCCUUCAUAAAAACCUCCUUUCUAUUUUCUCUCAUCACUCUCUGCACCUUUACAUACACACAAGCAGCAACAGUCGAGGUCAAAAACAACUGCCCCUACAAAGUAUGGGCCGCAGCCGUACCAGGCGGUGGUAAGCCUCUAAACACAGGCGAAUCAUGGACCAUCACCGCAUCUGCAGGCACCCAAAAAGCCCGUGUAUGGGCCCGAACCGGAUGCAACUUCGACAACUCAGGCAACGGUCAUUGCCAAACCGGUGACUGCGGUGGUGUCCUAAAUUGCCAAGCUUACGGUAGCUGUGGGGCUACUGAUUAUUCAAGAUAUUUUAAGACUAGGUGCCCUGAUGCUUAUAGUUACCCAAAGGAUGAUGCUACAAGUACAUUCACUUGCCCCGGUGGAACCACCAAUUACAGGGUUGUCUUUUGCCCUUAA